AUUCAUACAUGCUCCCUUAAUGUUUUGGUAGGAGGGAUCUGUGUGUAUGCAGGCUGGAAAGUAUCGACAGGAAAGGGGCUGGAGCAGCCAGAGCAUAGUGAAAGGAAUGGAAGCCAUCCUGGGUCACCUCCCCUGCUAUACAGUGGAAUAUCCCUCUCUGUCUCUGGUUAAUUUUUUGUGCAUUGCAUUUGCAGACAUCCUGGACCUGUUUCCUAUUGCACAGGGAUGAUUAACAAGGGAUGAGGAUCUCAAAUUGUUAUUAAUAUAGCUCCAGGAAACUUUUAGCAUGAUGACAAAGGUAUUUCUGGAUGGCUGUACAUGAGGGUCACCACAGGCAUGAAAAGGGAGAGACAAUUACUAGUUUCUGCCAGAUGCCUUUUGAAAAACAAAAGCACAGAGGGCCUGUACCAUAAAUUGCCUUGUGUGUAGUAUAAACCCCUAUUUUGGCUACUUUCUCUUUGAGGUUGUUUUUAAGCAACAAAAUUGUUUCAGCCUCCAGGAGACAGUCUAGAUUUGUUUUUCUUGAUUUCCUUGGCUGAUUAACAAGGGCAUGUUAAUGACUUCAGCACCUUUUAUAUGUUUUCUCUUUUUAGCUGUGCUUUAAAAAAUCUUGCACAGUUGGCUGAAAGAUCAUUGUAUUCUUGUACAGCUUAUUUCUAGCUACUUAGAAGGAAAAUGCAGUGCUUUUUCCGGGAUUGUUUACAAGAUUAAACCUAGCACUCUGGUUCCAUCAUUUGAAAAUACUUACCCAAUUGUCUUUCCAAAUCACAAAAAGCCAAUGGACUGCUAACAAAUCCAGAAAUCUACAUCUAGGAUUGUCAUUGGACCAGCAUGUUAACAUGCUAGCACAUCCCAUUAUAAGACAAAUCUUUAACUCUUCUUUCUCCCCUAGGUGUCUUUGAUUCGAUGCUCUAAAAAUAGUUGAGCAUAAUUAUAAAUGUCAGUAUUGUCCACCCAGAAAGCUCAACUGACUGGAUGAAAAACACACCAAGCCAACAUUGGACAUCUGUCUUUGCAAUGCUGGGUUCUUGAAAUUUGCCCAGCCUGGUGCAAGUCUGCAGAGACAAACAAUGAUCCAAAUGAAAUGGUUUUUACAGCUCUAAGGAUAAAAGUGGCUGAAAUCAAUUUCCUCAGUGUCUGCUUGCCUCAUUAUUAGAAUCCCCAAAAGAUUUGCUGAUAUACUGAAAGAUAGUUUCACAAUGAGCCGCCGUGGCAACAACUGGGCCUACACUGAGGUCAUCGACCUCCUGGAUAUAUGGGGAGAGCAGAAGAUCCAGAAGCUGCUUCAAAGCAGCUAUAGAAAUAUGGACACCUUUCAGGUAAUUGCAAGUGAAAUGGCAAAGCGGGGACAUGAACGUACUGCCCAGGAGUGCCGGAAUAAGACCAAAACCAUGCGACGGGAUUACAAAAAGGCCAAGGACAACUCUUCUGGGGGUGGACGUAUGACAUGUCCUUUUUAUGAGCAGCUCGAUCAAAUAUUGGCUGGUGAUUCUGGCUGUAAUCACCCUAGGAGGCUACCAAAUGUUGCAGCGCCAGAAGAAUCAUCAGGGGAUACCAAUUCCCCCUGUCCCAUGGCAGAGGGAGUCAUGCUGGGGGCAGCUGAGGACUACAGUGAGAGCCAGAAUCAAUUUUCCCCCUGUCUACCGAUCUCUGACUCCAACACAGCCAGUCCCAUGUUCUGUGUGACCAGGGCAACCUCCAUGAAGCCUGCAAGCAUGUCUUGGCCAGAAGCAAAUGUGCCUCUGUCACCCUCAUCAGCCUUACUGCACAGCUGUGGGUCUCUUCCUCCUGAAGGGCGCCUGACCAGAGUCCGAAAGCGGCAAAGGAAAACCAGGAACGACCUGGUCAUGGAAUUGUCCCGAAUAGCGGACAGGAGGGUCCAGACAGCCACCGACAGGAUCUUAUCAUCCUUGAACAGGUAUGCCACAGCAGACCUGCAGGACCGGGAGAGGGACCGGGCAGACACGGCACAGAUCAUCGCCAUCAUGCACCGCCAGACAGAACUGCUGGAGUCACUGGUGCAGAUGCAAUCCUCUGAGCAGAUGCUGGGCCCUCCUGCCCCCUUGUGGCAUGCCCGACCACGCUCAGCCAUUUCUCCUCCGACCCGCUCAGGUGUCCCAAGGCGGACACUGCUGCCUAGAGUGAACCCCAGGAGGCGGCCACAGAAGUACAGCCCUUGAGGACACUUGCAGUUUUGGCUCCAAGUCUGGUCUUUGUAGCAUCAACUUUUGCCCUCCUUUGGCCUUCUCGUCUGCUUUCUAUUUCUUAAAACAUUAUAACAUUGAAUCCCUGCCUUCCCCAUUUCCAUGUUACUUGAAGAGCAUUCCAUGCUGGGAAGAGGUACACACACUGAAUAAUUGGGACAAGCAGGAGAUUGGCGGUCUGCUUCUACAUGGCCCUUUUCCCACUUUGGAUUGGUGUGGCCAACUUUCCUUUUCUAUUCCAGAUGGGAUGAAGAUGCAGUUACAGACAUAUAUGUGAAAAUGUGUAUCUCACAGAGAAUGACUAACACAAUAUAAGCUAUUAUUAAGCAUGUAUUUAGUUGAAGUUCAAUGCAAAUAGUCCUUUCCCAAAGAGCUCUGAACAUCUUCUCACAUUGGCUUGCCACACUUUGGUACCUUUGCAUGGAUCAGGAAAGCAAGAAGGAUACCUUGUUUCAUCUACUCUCUCCCUGUUGUCCUUUUUGUGAUGCAUAAAAAUAGGUACCAUUUUCCUUCCUAAUAGAAAGCGUGAUUCCUGCAAUGCAGGAUGGUGUGGCCUCAAUAGUGCUUCUCUUCUCCCAUCUAUGCUGCGGACAAGCGAUAGAUUCCUGUGUGCUGAAGCCAGUGGUGCACAUGGGCUUUUAAAAUCAUGGUGAAGACCAUGCCCUCACGGUUUAGGUGAGGUUGAUGGGCUGGCUGUAGAAGGAAAGCAUUUCAUAUGACAGAAGGAGUGAUGAAAGUUUGAAGGAGGAAGUAGAAAUGAUUUCAUCAAUGGAAGGUAUCUUAUUCCAGGUGAAGUGAGAGAUGCACAUUAGAGAUGAGGACAGCGGUGUGAAAAGGAGACAUGGCAGGCCGAUUGCCAUUGAGUUUCCUUCAGAGUGAGUAUAGAAAGAUAAGAUAAAGUCAUUGCAGAAAGGUGAAGAGCACUGUGUGGAGGCUAAAAGCUUCAUGUUGGCUUGAGAGCAACAAGAAACAAGAUAGUGCAUGUUGGCAGUUGGCUCUUCAGUUCUGCAGCACCACUUUUUUUUAGUCUUGUGCUAAUCAUACCAGUUCCUUUGGACUAACUCUGAGAAGUACAUGGAGUGGCAUCACUCCCAUCUGAGGUAGUGAUGCUGAGCACACCAGUUGAACAUGUCUGUCACUCUGCCUUUGCUCCUAGAAGCAACCAUUCAAGAGCACCCUUGAAGAGAGAAGGGGAAGGAUGCUACAAGAGCACAUGGUGAGAAGUCCUAUGGCCAUUCGGCAUAAUGCUCUUAAGUGAACAGUUGUCCGAUUACACCUGAAAUAUAUAAGUUGCAGUGGAUGAGAGCAGGCAUUGUUGAUCUGUCUAGGGAUUCUUCAAUGAGAUGCUCAGUCAUAGUGGACAGACUUUUCCUGAAAAACAACAUGUUUAAUACAAUAAUCAUCCCCCGAUACAGGAUAUUCAAGGACAGCCUUCCUCAGCCCAGUGUCCUCCAGAUGUUUUGGAGUUGUUUCCCCCAGCCCGAUUCAGCUUGGACAAUUGCCAGAAUGUUGUGACUUGUAGUGAAAACUAUCUGGAGGGCACAUCCUUGCAGAUCACAUGGGGUAAUGUAAGAGGCCCUACAGGCUUGGUCAGUGCUCCAGAGGGACUGUAUAAGCCCUACAACAUCCCCUAACAUAUUAGAAGAUGCUUAGGAAGAAACCUAUCAAUGUAAAAAGGAAGUGGGAAGUUUAAAACACUUCUUGACAUGUGAGUGGCAGCCAAAUUGAGAGCAUCAAAUGCUGCUUCACUAGUUCUCAAAAAUAACAGCUGAAUUCAGCAUCUGCAGGGAGACAUCUUGCAGAUCCCACAACUGGUACCAAUGUUUUGGACAUCAGUUCCUGUCAGCCAUGUGCAGCAUAGCCAAUGGUCAGGAAUGCUGACAGAUGGAGUCCACAACAUCUGGAGGGCACCUGAUUGAGGAAAUUUUUAGAUAAUAAAUAGGGAGCAAACGAGGAACAAUCUAGAAAAAUGAUAUAUAUUGUAAAUGUGUAUGGCAACUGGUAGAAGUUUUGACAGCCUGGGUGUGUGAGGUCUCAUGUUUCACCAAGAUUCCAGGUGAGCAUAAGUUUCUGGUAAGAAACCUGCAUUGUAUUUCACUUUCUUUUGUCUUAGCAAAUUCCUGUACAUUGCUGGCUUGAAUGAUAAAUCCUGCUCCAUAAAGUCUUAGUUUGAAACCAAA